GACAUCGGCCAGAGCGUACCAGAAAUACCAGUAAAGAUUCCAGUUUUCCUCUUUUUCUAGUCUGCUUUGUACACCAAUUCCGCUGGUGGAGAUUUUUCGGCUACUUGCAAAGCUAGUGAGCUAAAAAGUGCAGAACAAACAGUGUAACAUUAGAUGAAAACUAGUUAUUUGCGUUUUCGGAAGUAGAAAAGAUAAUGGCGUUUCAAAUUUGCUGACGGUCGUGGAAAGUGUAAUCGGGAGGUCUCUAUUGCCUGAUGGAAUUUAUUCGUCAAAAGGAAAUAACCCUCUGAAAUUCUGUUCAGUUUGCUGCGUGUACAAUUCGUGUGAGUGGAUGUAACUCCAGAGAUGAAAAAUAGCUUUCGGGAGUAACUUCCAGCGAGCUGUAUGGAAAAUGGCACCACCAUCGGAUGCUGCUCCGUUAGCUAGCAACUCCAAAUCGAAACCGCUCAGUCUUCCAGCAGAUCACAAACUCUCCUACUGUUCCUGUUGCAAAACUCCGUCAUGACACUUGGCAGCCAACUAGCGCACCUAGGUUGAACAUUGUGACUUUGAAAAUCAAAUUGUUGUACACGGACACUUUCAGUGAUGUGUCCAAUGACUGGGAAAAGUGUACGUUGGCGAUAGGAUUGCUCCUCUGAAAACUAGCAAUAAACAUCGCUCCGGUCGCAACAAUCCACGGUGGUGGCGUCGGCGGCGGCAACAACGGUCAGCUCGCACUCAGCGCAUGAAGAGUAAGCAAAGAAGAGGAACAUAAACAGGUUUUAAUCGAGAGUGCUACGAAAGAGACCGAAAACAGAAGACUAAGCUGGAGAAGAAUAAGUAAAGUUUUACACAUGAAAAGUGCCGACAAAUCCGAGAAGAGAUAGUGGACGGGCCGGGAGCAAAAAAGAGUUGGCCAUCCAUGCAGCAGUAAGCAAACGGCUAAUUAUUUUAUUAUAGUGAUUUUUCGACUUCCCGAUCCGCACCGAUUAAUGUGCUUCCCUGCUUCAAGAAUAUUGAAGUUAGUUAUAAUUAAAAGUGGCCUAUGUUUUUUUAAACAAAAUAAGUGUGUGUUUGCAUCAUUGUUGCCGUUGGGGUGUUUCGAUUGUUUUACCAGUUUGAUUUGUAUGUGUUUACCGACCACGUUGUUAAGGCCUUGAAAAAUAAUAGGUGCUGCCGUUGUGAUAGUCAAGCACGUGCAUAAGUGAAUAUUUCGUUACAAAUUACCUACGUGCUUAAUUGAGUCGCAGAAUGGAAGGAUUACGAACCAGCUAUGGAAGAGAUUAUUGGAAGGAUAUAUAAAGAUAACUAACGACUCCUUCUAAGUAUUUGUUUUUGGAACACACACGACCAAAUCGACGAAAUCAACAAAAGCAACCGCUUUUUUUAUCCUGCUAAAACCACACGUCUGUUUCCCAAUUAGCACUCCAAUUGGGAAUAACCGCAGUGGAUCAAAUUACAACUUUCGAAAAGAGAUAAUCACCCAAAACGGAUAGUCUCCCAACGUCUCAUUAUCGGCUUUCGAUGUAGUGAACACUAAAAUAAGUGAAUUAUUGAACAUUCGUCCGUCUUCCGUGCUGUGCAUUGAAAACCGCAUACUCUUCCCCGAUGAGUCAGUACAGCGUACACAAAUUUGAUGACACUACGUGCAGCGGACCCAGACCUCCCGUCCCAGGAAAGGAAAGUCGUCGGAAGAUGACCGACACCCUAAACUCGGAAAAGUCCCGCGAUUCACCACCCAACUACUACCGGUGGUCGGAGAAGCUUUCUUACCUGCUAGAAGAUGUAGAUGGUGCGGAGCUGUUCAAGCGCUUCGUCGAGCUGCAAGGCGACGAGCACUCGAAUCAGCUCAAUUUUUACUUUGCUUGCGAGGGUCUUAAACAGCAGAGGGAUAACGACAAGAUGACCCAACUGAUUGGUGCAAUAUAUAAGCGCUUCUUGAAGCGAGCGCCUCGCGGCUCGAAGCUGCAUGUCAGCGAGUCGAUGCGAAACAUGAUUAAGGCUGGUCUUAAGAAUGAGAUUUUGUUGGCGCCGGAUAUUUUUGAUCAAAUGCAGGCGGAUGUGGCAGCUGUUAUUGGAAACACGACCUAUCCCAAUUUCCUGCAAUCCGAUCUGUAUAUACAAUAUAUCCAAAAUAUGCAAACAAGCAGCGGUAGUGGAAGCGGAGCCACUAGCUGCACAGGUAUCCCGCUAGGGAUAUCAGGUGCAUCCACCGGUGCACUAUCGUCAAUGACAAACAGCAGUUCCAUGUCGGAACUAGUCCUACACAGUUCCUCCGCCUUGCCAACAUUGCACGAGGAUUCUGAACUAGUCAACGCCGAUUCAAUCGAGCAACUCUACGGUGCUUUAGGACCGGGUAUUGCCGGCAGUAGCAUAUCCGUUAUUUCCAGUGUUAGUGGAGCUGGUAGUGGUAAGCCGGCGAUGACUCUAACUAAGGAUGCACUGAUGGCUACGCAGAAGCGCCGACUCGAGAUGAGACCUCCCGGAGCACACGGAUACUCUGUGUACAUGAACUAUGCAUCCUAUAACCCGGUCUCGCGCCGUGAUUCGGAGUUGGCCAGUCUCAGCUCGGGCCGAACAGAAUCCGAUAAGAUGCCACCACCGACGAUGUAUCUUGAUGGUCAGUCUCACACGCAACGGAGACACCAAUCUCGGCAGCAUUCUGCGAUGGAACAAAGGCAAAUAAACGAGAAUGUCGUUUUUAAUGACAAUCUGAAGCAUAUACCUCGAAAUCAGCGGGUUCACCCGAAAGUACUAUCAACGGAGCAAUUUCAAACAGAACUCAUGCAAAAGUUGAAAGCAGUACAACAAGCUCAAGAGAAGGAAGGGGAAGUGAUUCGAAAAGUACGAGAGAUCGAUCAGGUGGAUAAGUCCCAAAGUAAUAGAUCAUUCGCGGACGCUAUUCGACAGAAAUUGCAAGUGGAGGAUGACAACGACCAGGAUAUUCUGGAUAAGCACGUAUCGAGGGUAUGGUCGGACUUAACUCCAAGUCGAUCCCCAGACAUCAUGUCUCCUUGCCCAAACAUCAGUCGAACGCGGCGUUCCGAAAUGGGAAACUUCGGAAGUGGAUCUAUGAGUGCACAAUCUUCGAUGCGGCAUUCGAAAUCGAUGCCAGACGGUCACCCGCUGAGUAUGGCUGGUCCUGCAGCGCAACCUUUGCCUCGAAACAAGCCGCUGAACAACAAAUGGCCUUCGGUGUACACUGAUAGCGGAAUUAGUUUGCUUUCGACUGACACCCUUAGCAAGUAUAGCAGUAAGGAUAUGCCGAGUAUGAGUACAAACAGUUCGCGACCGCUGUCUCGAACGAUGCACGCCGACAUGUCGGCUGGAAACAUUGCCCACCUACUGCAAGAAUCCAGCAGGCGAUUGGAUGAUGAAACCAGAAGAUCGAAACGACACCAGCAUCCGCUCCCGCCACCUCCAUUGCCACCAGCUGCCGCCCCCAGUUCUCUAGUGCCACCGCCAAUACCUGCCAAACCUCAGAGCUCCAUGACGGAGUUCACCGUCGUGGUGUAUCUGUUUUGCGACGAGGAAGUACCAUAUCGGAUAAAAAUUCCCGGUACACACCCGCCAACGCUCAAACAGUUCAAGGACUACCUGCCCAAAAAGGGAAACUAUCGAUUCUUUUUCAAAACCCGCUGCGACGAUCUAGACAGUCCGGUGAUUCAGGAAGAGAUCAACAACGACAACGAGGUGUUACCCCUGUUCGAGGGUAAAGUGAUGGGAACAGUGAAGCCAUUGGACUAGACUAUAGCGAAUUGCUCCAGGUAUAAAAACGACCAUUUAGCAUGAAGUGGUUGGCAUAAAAACAAUCGAGAAUCAGUUUUGCUCGGAUAAAAUGUUGGUUAUUUGUUGCAGUAUUCCUAUCAACUGCAAACUUACAACUAUGCCAUCAAACUUGAUGUUAUUUGCUAAUUUUACUAGUACCUACCAUACUGCCAACAUCACAUGCAAACCUUUAUUUUGGGGUAUAAUAAUUAUGCAAAGGAAUCACCACCGGCAGCAAACAAACAACAUGCAGUUUUAUGUAUAGAACGCAACAGACUUCCAUCUAUUAAGAUAGCUCAUUAUUUUCUGCAUCACGUGUGAGAAGAAUUCAACAUUAUUAGGUCUUUCGGUGGAAAUUUCGUUAGCCAAUUUAGUUUACAUUUUGGAAUAUUGGAUUCUUCUAUUUUUUAUUUGAUAAAGUCAAAAUUUUUAUUAUGUUAUCGCUAAUUGUAAAAAUUUAAAUUAAACAAUGGAAUAGAUGUUCUUCAGUUUAUUCAGUAGUCAACUUGCGCGUGAAAAGAUAGAGCAACAACACAGCUAAAGUGCCUUUUAAAAAAGUUAUAAACUAAAUAGGAACCCGAACAACCACGAACAAUCGACUUGCCGACAAACCGAUAACGGGGGACAAAAUGAAAGUGUUCAGAACUGCAAGCGAUAAACGAUAGUAUAGUAAGGUAUAGAUAGGAGGGCAGAAUUGUAUCCAGUCAGGCUUUCGUUUGCAUAGAGAAGCGGAGCGAAAACUAGCAGCGUAGUAGAUGCCAUACGGGAUCGAAAAUAGUCCACUUCGAACUGACCAAAAUCAAAAAACUGAAAGAUUGCUUCAUUUUGGAAAUUUAGCAAUACCCGAAGAGAAUUGGAGUCUUAACAGUAUUUUCCCCUGUAAUUUAGCAAUUUUAUUUUUAGAAUGAAUGAAAACCACGCAAGUUUCGGUGUUUUACGCAAUUAUUUAACCACUUUUUAUUUAUUUUGUCCAAUAUUUGCCUGUGCGGCCUUGUCUUUUCAAGCCCCCAAUCUAAGUCGACAAUUUAUAUAAUUUUUUGCUUUUUAAUCAUAGCAAAAUCAGUGUACAGACAAUAACUUCCCCAGAUAGGAACGAUCGACUAACUAGCAAACUGUGUCUCGUCGACUGAUUCCAAAUGUGCUGCCUCCGUUAGCAUUUGUUUGAACGUUAUACAUUGCAUAAAGCUACGAAAAACAAUGCAAUUCUCAAAAUUGUAAAAAAAACUCCCUCUUUGGUUUUAUCGUGAUUGUAUUAUUCGAAUACACGAGCUAUAUCAAUCCCGUGACACACAGAGGCGAAGGUUUAGGGAGUGAAGGAAGGAUAUAUUUAGAAGUAUAUAUAUUACAGUAGACGCGUAAUAAAAGCUAUUAUAUGAAAACGGUAA